CGAUGGGUCGGCUCUCGUAGUAUCCAAGACGAAGCUGAGGAGCACGCCCUGCUAUUCGGCAUCCACUUCAUUGCGAGUGCAGCGACGUCCAACCUCGUGCUGGUCUGCUCGAAGCGAGUGGCAGACUUGGGUCCAACAGGACCUGUUUAGUCUGUCACCGGGUGAAGCAUAAGACGCCUCAUCCCCAACGCGCGCAAAGGGAUCCUUGAAGCCAUCAACCUCAGGCAAGUUCUCACAUUUGAUCAUUUCUGCACAAGUCAAGAUGCUUUCAUCCGCUGUUCUGCUCCUGGCUGCCGGCCACUUGGCCGCUGCUGUGCCUGCCGCAUCCUCUUUUUAUGCUUCUCGUCCUGCCGUCUCAACGGUCGAGCCUUCCCUCACGGCCAUACAGUCCGCUGAAGCCACAGUCAAGCCAGUGACUCCAGUGAGCAAUGUCGAAGGUGCUUCCUUCAAGCGGUUCUACCAGGUCUGGCUGGAGAACAUUGACUACCAGUCUGCCAUGGGAGACCCAAACAUGGCGUGGCUCGCAUCUCAGGGCAUUACCUUGAGCAACUACUUCGCGACCACUCACCCGUCCGAGCCCAACUACUGCGCCGCGGCCGGUGGUGACAACUUUGGCAUGGACAACGACGACUUCAACGUCGUCCCCGCCAACGUCUCGACCAUCGUGGACCUGCUCGACACCAAGAACAUCUCUUGGGCCGAGUACCAGGAGGACCUCCCGUACGCAGGCUUCUUGGGCUUCAACUACUCCAACCAAAAGACCUACGCCAACGACUACGUCCGAAAGCACAACCCUCUGAUCUUCUACGAGUCCAUCACCAACAACUCCACUCGGGUCCGCCAGAUCAAGGGCUUCACCGACUUCGAGACAGACCUCAAGAACCAGGAACUGCCUCAAUGGGCUUUCUUCACCCCUAACAUGACCAACGACGCCCACGACACCAACAUCACCUUCGGUUCCAAGUGGGAGCGCAGCUUCAUGGCUCCUCUCCUCAACAACUCAUACUUCAUGAACGACACCGUGGUCCUGUUGACCUUUGACGAGAACGAGACCUACGGCAUUGCCAACAAGGUCUUCGCCAUCCUCCUCGGCGGUGCUAUCCCUGAGAAGCUCAAGGGAACCGUCGACAACACCUACUACAACCACUACUCGACCAUCGCCACCGUCUCUGAGAACUGGGGUCUCCCCUCCCUCGGCCGAUGGGACUGCAACGCCAACGUCUUUGACAUUGUCUCCAGCAAGACCGGAAAGGUCAACGCCGCCCUCAACUUCAACGACAAGAGCGUCUACUUCAACCAGUCUUACCCCGGUCCUCUGUCCGAUGAGCUCUACUCCGAUGUCUGGCCAAUCCCAACCAACUCCUCCACCUGCGCAAACGGCCGUGGUGUCUUGCCAUCCAUUGUCAAGACGUACGCUGGCCAGAAGGCUUCUUUCAACUACACCAGCCCAUACCCAUAUGAUGCUCUGACUGGUCUUGACGUGCCAUCGCAGUAGGGGACAUGAUUGCCGCAGGACAAGUUGUAACACACUUGGUGCUUCGGGAUUUUGUGAGAGUAUCCAGAUUCCAAUUGUAGUAGUGGUUAAUAGUUGAGUGCGACAGAAUUAGAAUAGCCAAAAGUAAUUGUUAUAGCCUUAUUGAAACCUGCAUUUCGAUUAUUUCUCAUCGCUCUGCAUUACGCAUGAUUCGUGGUCGUUGCCCUUCCACGAACGUCGAGGUCCGUUCCUUGAUUGACGCAUACUUGACAUUACUACAGACACAUGUCACUUGAAGAAGUGCUCAAUUUCUCCAUUGGUACAUUGGGUU